UAGCUGUAACAAUAUUUAGGGGAAAUGCAUUAAUUAGGUGUGUUGUCAUGGGUUCAGGCGACGCGAACAGUGUCAGCGCCCUUACAUCAGCCACCCACUGAAGAAAUCGCCGGUAAUCAUUCACCAUGGCCUAUGGCUUGCCCCGGAAGAACACAGUGAAAACCAUUCUGCGGGGCCGCUGUUAUGACGUACAGGAACCUUGGGAACUUAUAUUGCUUACAAAGGCCUGGUGUGCACACCUAGCUAAUCUCAAGUUACCUUUCUUGGAAGAAAUUUCGUUUGGUUGUCCCGUACAGCUCACAAAAUAUAAAACCACUAAGGACGGUCUGCUCCCUUCAGCAGAAUCCAUCGAACUUGAAAGGGAGUAUGAAAUGAAGCGCCUAAAUAACCUUAAACAUCAAGAAAAUGCGUGUGAAGAACUCCAGUUUUCCCUAGGGGAAAGGAAAGUUGGUUUGAGAAGACCUCUCCCACCUAAGUGACAAUCGUCUCGUAAUCAAAUCGUAUGUGCUUUCUGCAUCCAAAGGGGAUGAAGGCCUUUAAACCUUUCACUGUAAAGUUCAGCACGGACACGCGGGUGCCCUGUGGGGGAUGAGCCAUGCCCACAGAUGUGGACUGUGGGCCGCUCUGACGGCUCUCCUGGGUCCCUGCCAUACUCUUGUCCUUCGUGUCACGAGCGACAGCACGUUCCAUCCUAAUUCACAGAAUGUCUGCUCUAAUGUGCUAGAUGUUACAAAUCUUGAGGGUGACACACACACAAAAAUGAUACUUCGGUUCUUUGUCCAGGAUCUGAACCAAACGUGAAGUAAGAGAGAAGAA